AUGGCUACGACACACGACAACCGCCAUGAUGACGAGUCUAUCCUUGAGAAUGAUCUGAUCGAUGCCGAUGAUGCUGCCAUUGAAGCCGAUGACCCGUUACACACCACGUCCGACACGACUCCUCUCCGAGGCAACAUCCAACCAGAUACGUCGUCUUCGUCGAGAGGUGGAUUCCCGUCUAAUUAUCUGACAUCUUCAAUCCCGGGAGAGGAUCGUCGCGCGCCUCAGAAUACAAUCGACGAGAGCGUAUGGGAGACGCUCUCGCGAGACUUGCUGGCAGUAUGGGAGAAGAUGCGACAAGUCCUGUGGCCCAAGUAUCUGCUUGGAGGCUUUCUACAACGCGGCGGUGGUAUCGGCGCCGCCGAGAGAGGGGAAGCCGGCAGGUUUGGAGGUGGCUUUCGGGGACUGCUUGGCCGCUGGCCGGACGCUGAUACUGUCCUUCAAGGAGGCAUGAGUGAGGGGCUCCGGGAUUGGGAUCUCUGGGGAAGCAGUGGUAACGCUGCAGAUAAAGCUCCUCGGUGGAAAUAUGCACAUAAUGAUGGCAAUUCCAUUUUUGUUUUCUGA